UGAACGCAUCACGGGAUGUGGUUCACUACGAGAGCGGAUUCGUAGGAGGAUGUUGUUAGCUUCUGCAGUAAACACACAUUUGGAGCUUAUAAAGUGAUGGGCUGAAAUCCGCCUGCAUUCAAGAUGACGAGACACAGACAGUGCAUCCUGUGUGAAACCGUCUGCGCUUCCAAGCAGGAGAUGGAUGAACACAUGAGGAGCAUGCUGCACCACCGGGAGCUGGAGAAGCUUAAAGGCCGGGACUGCGGACACGAGUGCAGAGUGUGUAAGGUGAAGAUGGUGAGCCUGACCGAUUACGCCGGCCACAUCUCCAGCGCCACGCACAAACAAAACGUGGAGGCGGCGGACAAACAGCGGGCCGGAAACGACCAAGACGAGGAAUACUUCGACCAGACUCUGGUGGACCUGAUUGAAAAGAGAAAAGAGCAGAUCAGAAAAGAGAAGGAGGCUACAGCUGCUAGGCUGGCGAAAGAAGAAGAAGAACGGAAGAGAAAGGAAGAGUUUCAGCAGAGGCUAAACCAACUUAAGGAACGUUACCGCCUGGAGCGCAUGUGGCAGGCUCCUCCGCAGGGCUUCGGUGGACCCGGUCAACACAGGUCUUGGCACAGGAGCAGCUAUUACGACGGCAGCAGAGAGGAUGAGGGAUACUGGCAUCAAAACCAGCAGGGCAGGAGCGCCACGUGGCACGCUCAGGAACCCCCCCGUUUACAGAAAUGGGCAACUGUAGAGUUUUCCAACAACAGGGUGGAUGGCAACAGGAUGUGGGGCAACGGCGGUCAGCAAAGUCGACUGCCUUGGCUCAGCAAUGGAGGCAGCAGCAAUGGGCUCUAUGGUCACAACAACAUCGCCAGGUACGCCCCAAAGGCUAGGCCUCACAGUUUCAUGGGGUGUAAUCCUGUAUGUACCAACGCAACAAAUCUUUUAGGCCAGAGUUUUACACGCUUUGAAGGCAAAGGAAACUUCAGAAAUGCUCAGCAGCAUGCCAGGCUCCAAAAUGGAGAGGCAUCACUGGCCGACUCAGACUACCACGGUAAAAACUCUAAAACACUCGGCAGCAAUCCAAAGCUGGACAAAAGCUGUCGCUGGUCACCGUACCCCAUUGCGUCCGGAUCGCACGUAGAGCCCCACCAAAGCACGUCAGAGAACCACCAAGAGGCUUUGAAGCCUCAGAAACACCCCCAAUGUGAGCGUGCACCUGUGGACUCAAGUCUGCAAAACGUGGAAGAGGACAGGAGGCAGCCGAUAAAACCCAAAACUCAAACCCACCAUGUCGGUGACGGAAGCUGUGGUGGCUCUAAAGGUUCUCAGAGAGAUGGCAACCAAAACGGUGCGUCUGGUUUUUGUAGCGAGAAGGCAAAUAAACCAUCACUGCAAGUGGAUCAGAAGAGUUCCUCAGUUUCUGGGGCUAAAGGUGACGCUCAGCACAGCAAGUCCUCCAGUCAGUCAAAACCAGGCGGGAAGCAAAGUGGGACCAAGGUGCCUGUUGGGUACCUCACAUCGAGGCAGGAGCAGUGCCUUCCGGAGUCGUUUCGCGCAGUCAGGCAGAUUGGUUUUGAAAGAAAAGGCUCUUUGGAGAGGUCACACCACCUUGGGGAGCAACAGAAUCAGGGGGAACCUUUUAAAGAGAGAAGUGCGAGUGAAAGUUCUGGAAAAGCGACAUCGGCUGUUGCGUUCAGGCAAGAAAAAGCUCCGUCGGCUUCUGCAGAAGACGGCACUUUUGUCCAGUCCCUUCACGUGAGCACCUCCACCGCAGAGGGAGCAGAGGCUGCGUCCACAGCCAAAAGGGACGAGGAGAACAGGAACGGAGCGGAGACGCAAAGCCCCACGGCGGUCCAGGCCGAGGCCAUGCAGGUUUCCGAGGCCGGGCCGAGCUCGGAGAGCGACGCCGGCAGAACCAGCGAGGCGCACGCCGCCUCGGGGUCGGACGGAACCACUUUGUCCAAACUGGACCUCCCCCCCGUCCUGAAGCGGGACCUCACCAAGCACAUGAGCUCCAAGAGCAAAGCAGCCGGUCACGAGCCAAACCUGAACAUCGCCAGGCGCGUGCGAAACCUCAGCGAGUCGAAGCGAAGCGACAUGGAAAAGGAUUCUGGCCUCAAGCCGACUGUGAGGCAGCUCAUCAACUCGGCGAGCGCGCGCCGCUCCGUGAACUGGGACCAGGUCUAUCAGGAGGUCCGAAAGAUGCAGGACAAGGGGAAAGGCAUGCCAAGGUUUGGGAUUGAGAUGGUGCCAUAUGAGCAGGAGUCCCAAAGCCAGGAGGAGGACGGUCUGCCACUCAUUGAGGGCUUCCAGUGGGAGUCGUUGAUGGAAAUCACCUCCGAGAGCAAAUCUCGCAAACGCUCCUUGUCAGAAAGCAGCCUCGCACCUGCGGCGCCUCAUUCGUCAGUGUUCGGACCCUUGAAGUCAGAGGAGGCGGUGAAGAAGGAGGAGUCGAGCUCCACACUUCCUUCCGCUUCAGAAAAGCAGAAGCUUCAGCCGGAAGAGGAAGCGAAGAACCAGAAAGGCAUUCUACACUGCGCAACGGCGAAGGUUCUCCAGCGAUUUGAUUUGACGCUGGGGGACAGCAGCUCUGGGGCGGAGCAGUGCGACGGGACAGGGAAGCGGCGGCGUGCGGCCGGGGACUCCACCGGCACAGGGUUGUCUUGUUUGGAGCACGACAGUAAGAGAAGAAAAGUCAAAUCAAAAAGAGAGCGCCUGCAGAUCGACCAGCUGCUUGCAGUGUCUCUGCGGGAGGAGGAGCUGAGUCAGUCCUUGCAGAAUGUGGACACCAACCUGAUCCAGGCCCGCGCGGCGCUGGAGGCGGCCUUCCUGGAGGUGCAGCGACUCAUAGUGGUUAAACAGCAGAUUACUGUGGAGAUGAGCUCACUGAGAAACAAACGGAUAGACUUGCUUAAAGGCAUGCAAGGUACUAUUGAGGAGACGCCUGAGGCCAACCCAAAAAAAACCCACUUGGUUUCUUUUGGAGCGGAGCCGCUUGAGUCAUCCUCCUGUGCCAAAUGUCCCCCGGUUCCGGCCACGGCCGUUUCCAGUCCGCAUCGGGCCGCAGAGUGCACCUCCCCUCCUUCGUCCAGCCUUCCUUUGUCCGUCGUCAUCAAGGAGGAGCCCCAGUCUCCGGUCUGCGUCAGUUCCGAACUGGACCCUGAUCACAGCGCAGUCACCAACUGCGCUCACAGCACCACCCUGGACAACACAAACCCGUUGGGUGCUGCCUGCAGCUCGCGGUUCUCUCCUGACAGAAACCUUGAACCUCCAGACGGCAAAGGGAAGUUAACAGCACAGAUUGAAAAGUCCGAAAGGCCUUCAGAGGCUCCGUGGAAAACCUCGGCGAAGCUCCCCGAUGGCACCGACGUCCAGUCAGCGCAGCCUGCGGCGGCGUUUAACCUGCCGGCCUCUCCGUCUGAGCUGAGGAACGGAAAGCGCGUGAGGAAGCUGAAGAAGAGGAAGGUGCUGAAUAAGGCCCAGGGAGCGGAGCAGCUCCAGAGCAGCGACACGGAGAUGGACGAAGAGGCGUCCCGGCCACGGUGGCUGCGGCAGCGCAGGAGGCCGAGCGGCGGCUCCCAGGUCAGCACCUCCAGCCUGCCGACGGACGAGGGGAGCAGGAAAACGCUCGACGCGCCAUGUUUGGCCGUGAAAACCGAAAAGGCGGAGUGGAAUUCUCCCGCAGAGAACCUUGAUGCCGCCGCAGCGGAUCAGCAGCCUCAGAAGGAGGCGUUCGUCCAAGCUCCGCCCCCUCCACCUCUGCUCCCAGACCAAUGUCAAUCUGAGCCACACAGCCUGGCGUGCAACGAGGUUUCCUCCACCAGUGACAUGGACCUGUGCAAAUCCUCUGAGAGUGAUCUGCCUUUUCCCAUCACGUUGCCCAGGACCUCAUCAGGUACGUUAUCAUACAUUUUCAGCAUUUUGAGACGUUUAUUUAUCNAAGAAUUUGAGAAAUCAAAAAAAAAAAAAAAAAAAAAAAAAAGUAUUUUUGUGUUUCCAAUGGUCACCAUUCACAGUUCAAACCAAGCUGAAGAUUUGUCCGUUUCUUUGUUGUAUUUUUUUUUUUUUUUUUUUUUUUUUUUUUUUUUUAGAAAAGAGAAGGAGGCUACAGCUGCUAGGCUGGCGAAAGAAGAAGAAGAACGGAAGAGAAAGGAAGAGUUUCAGCAGAGGCUAAACCAACUUAAGGAACGUUACCGCCUGGAGCGCAUGUGGCAGGCUCCUCCGCAGGGCUUCGGUGGACCCGGUCAACACAGGUCUUGGCACAGGAGCAGCUAUUACGACGGCAGCAGAGAGGAUGAGGGAUACUGGCAUCAAAACCAGCAGGGCAGGAGCGCCACGUGGCACGCUCAGGAACCCCCCCGUUUACAGAAAUGGGCAACUGUAGAGUUUUCCAACAACAGGGUGGAUGGCAACAGGAUGUGGGGCAACGGCGGUCAGCAAAGUCGACUGCCUUGGCUCAGCAAUGGAGGCAGCAGCAAUGGGCUCUAUGGUCACAACAACAUCGCCAGGUACGCCCCAAAGGCUAGGCCUCACAGUUUCAUGGGGUGUAAUCCUGUAUGUACCAACGCAACAAAUCUUUUAGGCCAGAGUUUUACACGCUUUGAAGGCAAAGGAAACUUCAGAAAUGCUCAGCAGCAUGCCAGGCUCCAAAAUGGAGAGGCAUCACUGGCCGACUCAGACUACCACGGUAAAAACUCUAAAACACUCGGCAGCAAUCCAAAGCUGGACAAAAGCUGUCGCUGGUCACCGUACCCCAUUGCGUCCGGAUCGCACGUAGAGCCCCACCAAAGCACGUCAGAGAACCACCAAGAGGCUUUGAAGCCUCAGAAACACCCCCAAUGUGAGCGUGCACCUGUGGACUCAAGUCUGCAAAACGUGGAAGAGGACAGGAGGCAGCCGAUAAAACCCAAAACUCAAACCCACCAUGUCGGUGACGGAAGCUGUGGUGGCUCUAAAGGUUCUCAGAGAGAUGGCAACCAAAACGGUGCGUCUGGUUUUUGUAGCGAGAAGGCAAAUAAACCAUCACUGCAAGUGGAUCAGAAGAGUUCCUCAGUUUCUGGGGCUAAAGGUGACGCUCAGCACAGCAAGUCCUCCAGUCAGUCAAAACCAGGCGGGAAGCAAAGUGGGACCAAGGUGCCUGUUGGGUACCUCACAUCGAGGCAGGAGCAGUGCCUUCCGGAGUCGUUUCGCGCAGUCAGGCAGAUUGGUUUUGAAAGAAAAGGCUCUUUGGAGAGGUCACACCACCUUGGGGAGCAACAGAAUCAGGGGGAACCUUUUAAAGAGAGAAGUGCGAGUGAAAGUUCUGGAAAAGCGACAUCGGCUGUUGCGUUCAGGCAAGAAAAAGCUCCGUCGGCUUCUGCAGAAGACGGCACUUUUGUCCAGUCCCUUCACGUGAGCACCUCCACCGCAGAGGGAGCAGAGGCUGCGUCCACAGCCAAAAGGGACGAGGAGAACAGGAACGGAGCGGAGACGCAAAGCCCCACGGCGGUCCAGGCCGAGGCCAUGCAGGUUUCCGAGGCCGGGCCGAGCUCGGAGAGCGACGCCGGCAGAACCAGCGAGGCGCACGCCGCCUCGGGGUCGGACGGAACCACUUUGUCCAAACUGGACCUCCCCCCCGUCCUGAAGCGGGACCUCACCAAGCACAUGAGCUCCAAGAGCAAAGCAGCCGGUCACGAGCCAAACCUGAACAUCGCCAGGCGCGUGCGAAACCUCAGCGAGUCGAAGCGAAGCGACAUGGAAAAGGAUUCUGGCCUCAAGCCGACUGUGAGGCAGCUCAUCAACUCGGCGAGCGCGCGCCGCUCCGUGAACUGGGACCAGGUCUAUCAGGAGGUCCGAAAGAUGCAGGACAAGGGGAAAGGCAUGCCAAGGUUUGGGAUUGAGAUGGUGCCAUAUGAGCAGGAGUCCCAAAGCCAGGAGGAGGACGGUCUGCCACUCAUUGAGGGCUUCCAGUGGGAGUCGUUGAUGGAAAUCACCUCCGAGAGCAAAUCUCGCAAACGCUCCUUGUCAGAAAGCAGCCUCGCACCUGCGGCGCCUCAUUCGUCAGUGUUCGGACCCUUGAAGUCAGAGGAGGCGGUGAAGAAGGAGGAGUCGAGCUCCACACUUCCUUCCGCUUCAGAAAAGCAGAAGCUUCAGCCGGAAGAGGAAGCGAAGAACCAGAAAGGCAUUCUACACUGCGCAACGGCGAAGGUUCUCCAGCGAUUUGAUUUGACGCUGGGGGACAGCAGCUCUGGGGCGGAGCAGUGCGACGGGACAGGGAAGCGGCGGCGUGCGGCCGGGGACUCCACCGGCACAGGGUUGUCUUGUUUGGAGCACGACAGUAAGAGAAGAAAAGUCAAAUCAAAAAGAGAGCGCCUGCAGAUCGACCAGCUGCUUGCAGUGUCUCUGCGGGAGGAGGAGCUGAGUCAGUCCUUGCAGAAUGUGGACACCAACCUGAUCCAGGCCCGCGCGGCGCUGGAGGCGGCCUUCCUGGAGGUGCAGCGACUCAUAGUGGUUAAACAGCAGAUUACUGUGGAGAUGAGCUCACUGAGAAACAAACGGAUAGACUUGCUUAAAGGCAUGCAAGGUACUAUUGAGGAGACGCCUGAGGCCAACCCAAAAAAAACCCACUUGGUUUCUUUUGGAGCGGAGCCGCUUGAGUCAUCCUCCUGUGCCAAAUGUCCCCCGGUUCCGGCCACGGCCGUUUCCAGUCCGCAUCGGGCCGCAGAGUGCACCUCCCCUCCUUCGUCCAGCCUUCCUUUGUCCGUCGUCAUCAAGGAGGAGCCCCAGUCUCCGGUCUGCGUCAGUUCCGAACUGGACCCUGAUCACAGCGCAGUCACCAACUGCGCUCACAGCACCACCCUGGACAACACAAACCCGUUGGGUGCUGCCUGCAGCUCGCGGUUCUCUCCUGACAGAAACCUUGAACCUCCAGACGGCAAAGGGAAGUUAACAGCACAGAUUGAAAAGUCCGAAAGGCCUUCAGAGGCUCCGUGGAAAACCUCGGCGAAGCUCCCCGAUGGCACCGACGUCCAGUCAGCGCAGCCUGCGGCGGCGUUUAACCUGCCGGCCUCUCCGUCUGAGCUGAGGAACGGAAAGCGCGUGAGGAAGCUGAAGAAGAGGAAGGUGCUGAAUAAGGCCCAGGGAGCGGAGCAGCUCCAGAGCAGCGACACGGAGAUGGACGAAGAGGCGUCCCGGCCACGGUGGCUGCGGCAGCGCAGGAGGCCGAGCGGCGGCUCCCAGGUCAGCACCUCCAGCCUGCCGACGGACGAGGGGAGCAGGAAAACGCUCGACGCGCCAUGUUUGGCCGUGAAAACCGAAAAGGCGGAGUGGAAUUCUCCCGCAGAGAACCUUGAUGCCGCCGCAGCGGAUCAGCAGCCUCAGAAGGAGGCGUUCGUCCAAGCUCCGCCCCCUCCACCUCUGCUCCCAGACCAAUGUCAAUCUGAGCCACACAGCCUGGCGUGCAACGAGGUUUCCUCCACCAGUGACAUGGACCUGUGCAAAUCCUCUGAGAGUGAUCUGCCUUUUCCCAUCACGUUGCCCAGGACCUCAUCAGACGCGUUCUCUGACCGUGGGGAGGACGAGGUCCCGACUGAAGGAACGUUCUGCGGCCACAAGGAGGCGGUGAACGCCCUCCAGAUCCACAACGGGCUGCUGUACACGUGCUCCGGAGACCGGACCGUCCAGGCCUUCGACCUGGUGAGCCAUAAAUGCGUCGGUGUGUUUGAGGGUCACAGCUCCAAAGUGACCUGCCUGAUGGUGUCCGCGGCUCCAUCCCUGCACCAUCGCCUCUACUCCGGCUCCAGUGACCAGACCAUCCGCUGCUACAGCCUCAAGACGCGAGAAUUUGAGCAACAGUUCGCUUUGUCCGACCGAGUCCUCUGCCUUCACAGCCGGUGGAAGACGUUAUACGCCGGUCUGGCAAAUGGUACCGUGGUGACCUUUAACCUUAAGACAAACAAGCAGAUGGACGUGUUCGAGUGCCACGGGCCGCGCGCCGUGAGCUGUCUGGCCUCGUCGCAGGAGGGGGCCCGGAGGAUCCUGCUGGUCGGCUCCUACGACAACACGAUCAGUGUGAGAGCGGCCCACGACGGGCUGCUGCUGCGCACGCUGAGGGGCCACACCAAGAGCGUUCUCUGCAUGAAGGUGGUGAAUGAUCUGGUGAUUAGUGGAUCCAGCGAUCACUCUGUGUAUGCUCACAACAUCCAUACAGGGGAGCUUGUACGCUCAUUUAAGGGUCACAGCCAUGCUGUUACCGUGGUGACCGUUCUUGGGAAAGUGAUGGUCACAGCCUGCCUGGACAAAGUGGUCAGAGUUUACGACCUGCAGUCUCAGGACCAGCUGCAGGUCUAUGGUGGAUACAGUGACAUGGUGCUGUGCAUGGCCGUCCAUAAGAACAUGAUCUACACAGGAUGUUACGACGGCAGCACGGAGGCCGUGAAGCUCAACCUGACGCAGAACCACCGUUGCUGGUGGCACGGCUGCCCGCUGGUGUUCGGGAUGAUGAAGCAUCUCCAGCAGCACCUGAUCAACAACCACACCAGCGGCAACUUCCAGACCUUCAAGUGCCGCUGGAAAAACUGUGAAGAGUUUUUCAGUGUUCGCAGCAGCUCCAAGCAGAUGGUGACGCUGCACAUGCAGAAACACGCUGAGGAAGAGGCUGCAGCGGAGCCGUAAGGGGCCGGUGGUGGGAGCAUAUUUUCACUACUAGCCCCCCUCUCCCUCUCCUCCCCUCUCAUCUUAACCCCUCCCUCAUUUAACCUCCCAUAUUGGGCGGGGUAUUUGUUCUUGGGACCUUCUACACCUGACCGCGCUCCCUCGGAGCCUGACAAGCGUUUGACGACUCCAUCCUUUGUGGUCGACGUUGGAAUCCCACCCCGGGAUUCUUCCGCGAAAAGGAAGGUUGUGUUGUUUUUAAAAUACAUUCUCAGAAACACUCCUUCCUGUCCUUUUGUUUGACUGUCACUGACCAAAGCGAGA